UUUAGUCUUGAACGACAUUUCCCAGAGGGCAGCGGGAACACCGAGUCUAUGGCUUCCCUUCCGUUUUCGCGUGGUUCUUUUGCAAGGUUUUUAGGAUUCUGGACUCCACUUCACUCACCAGCGCCUGCUGUCCUGAGUGUUCUGGCUUGGACUACAUAUUCCACAGACGACGGAGAAAACUUGGGCCCCUGGCUCCAGUUCCGGGACUUCUGCCUCUGCGCUGCGCACGACCUGGUUCCACCUGAGGAAGAAGGCGGCGCGGGUCGCUGCGGGUGCCUCUUCAUCUCCAGCCCACAGCACCCGUGGGAUCCUGCAUAGCGGUGAGAGUGGGGCUGCAGAAGGCGCUCAGAGCGCGGAGGCUCUGGGCGUGGGCCGGCCUAGCCUCCCGCCUCCUCAGGCCCUGGGAUGCUAGAGCUGCGGAGGAGGGGCUCAUCUCUAGGAGACAGGCGGAGAGCGUGAGACUGCGCAGCGGCGACAGGACAGGCGUGUCUGUGUGAUGUGGGUACAGUUGUGGGAAUGUGAGGGGUGCGCGGUCGACCUUGUGUGACCUGGACAUGUGCUGCUUAUCCUUUGCAAAGCGUGCUUUGCUGGGCUCUGUGGGGCCACUGACCCUUGGCUCCAGGUUCCCUGCUGCUUCCUGUGCCCUCCUCUCAGCCUAGUACGACUGCAACAGAGAAAUGGUCCCAGUGGGAAAUCAGACACUGAGCCUUAGAUGAAGGUUUCCAGUGAGAAGAAAGGUAGGCUGGGAAGCUUAGAAGAGGAAUUGCCCUUAAGACAGGUCUUGGUUCUUUGACUCUGCUUUUCUGGUAGAGAAACGCUGAGGAUUGAUCAACUCUUUCCAGUUUAAAACCAUGGCCUGUAGAUCGAUAACAUUCAGGGAUGUGGCCAUAGACUUCUCUCUUCAGGAGUGGGAAUACCUCAACCUCGUUCAGAAGACCUUGUACCAGGAGGUGAUGAUGGAGAACUAUGAUCACUUAGUCUCACUGGCAGGACAUUCCAUAUCUAAGCCAGAUUUAAUCACCUUAUUGGAGCAAGGAAAAGAACCAUGGAUGAUUGUGAGGGAAGAGACAAGAGGAGAGUGUACAGAUUUGGAUUCAAGGUGUGAAAUAAUCAAUGAUAGGAAAAUGGACAUUUAUAGGAAACACUCAUCUGUUACUCUCCAUCAGAGAAUUCAUAAUGGACAGAAACCAUAUGAGUGUAAGGAAUGUCAAAAGGCCUUUAGUCAUCUUACAGAACUCAUGGUACAUCAAAGAAUUCAUACUAGUGAGGAACCUGAGCAGCGUGAAGAGUUUGGGAAAGCAUUUAGCCAUUUUACAGACCUUAGAGAACAUCAGAAAAUUCAUGCUCGUGAGAAACUUUAUGAAUGUGAAGAAUGUGGGAAGGUCUUCAGUUAUCCUGCAAACCUUGCUCAACAUGGGAAAGUUCAUGUUGAGAAACCCUAUGAAUGUAAAGAGUGUGGGGAAGCUUUUAGGACUAGCCGUCAACUUACUGUCCAUCAUAGAUUUCAUUAUGGUGAGAAACCCUACGAAUGUAAGGAAUGUGGCAAGGCCUUUAGUGUGUAUGGACGACUUAGUCGACAUCAGAGUAUUCACACUGGUGAGAAGCCCUUUGAAUGUAACAAAUGUGGAAAGACCUUUAGGCUCAAAGCAGGCCUUAAAGUACAUCAGAGUAUUCAUACUGGAGAGAAGCCGCAUGAAUGUAAGGAAUGUGGGAAGUCCUUUCGUCAGUUUUCCCACCUUGUGGGUCAUAAAAGAAUUCAUACUGGAGAAAAACCCUAUGAAUGCAAGGAAUGCGGGAAGGGCUUUACAUGUAGGUAUCAACUUACCAUGCAUCAGAGAAUUUAUUCUGGGGAGAAACCUUAUGAAUGUAAAGAAAAUGGGGAGGCUUUCAGUAGUAGCCAUCAAUUUACUGCACCUCAUACAUUUGAAAGUAUUGAGAAACCUUUUAAGUGUGAGGAAUGUGGGAAGGCCUUUAGUGUGCAUGGACGACUUACUCGACAUCAGGGUAUUCAUAGUGGUAAGAAACCCUUUGAAUGUAACAAAUGCGGGAAGUCCUUUAGGCUCAAUUCAUCCCUUAAAAUACAUCAGAAUAUUCAUACCGGUGAGAAACCUUAUGAAUGUAAGGAAUGUGGAAAGGCCUUCAGUCAGCGUGCACACCUUGCCCAUCAUAACAGAAUUCACACUGGUUACAAACCCUUUGAGUGUAAAGAAUGCGGGAAGUCCUUUCGUUGUGCCUCAUAUCUUGUUAUACAUGAGAGAAUUCAUACGGGAGAGAAACCCUAUGUAUGUCAAGAGUGUGGGAAGGGUUUUAGUUAUAGUCAUAAACUUACUAUGCAUCGCAGAGUUCAUACUGGUGAGAAACCUUACGAAUGUAAGGAAUGUGGGAAGGCCUUUAGUGUAUCUGGACAACUUACUCAGCAUCUGAGUGUUCACAGUGGUAAGAAACCCUUUGAAUGUAACCAAUGUGGGAAGUCUUUUAGGUUCAUUUCAGUACUUAAAGCCCAUCAGAAUGUUCAUAGUGCUGAGAAACCCUACGAAUGUAAGGAAUGUGGCAAGGCUUUUCGUCAUGCCACAAGCCUCAUAUAUCAUGACCGAACUCAUGCUGGUGAAAAGUCCUAUGAAUGUAAAGAAUGUGGGGAGACUUUUAGUCAUGCCUCACAUCUUAUUAUUCAUGAGAGAAUUCAUACCGGUGAUACACCUUAUGAAUGUAAAAGAUGUGGGAAGGCAUUUCGCUGUUCCUCUUAUCUUGUCAGACAUGAAAGGGUUCAUGCUGAUGGAAAUCCCUACAUGUGUGAAGAGUGUGGGAAAGCUUUUAAUAGUAGCCAUGAACUUAGUAUACAUCAUAGAGUUCAUACUGGUGAGAAGCCCUUUAAAUGUAACAAAUGCAGAAGGUCAUUUAGGCUUAGAUCCAUCCUUGAAGUACAUCAGAGAAUUCAUAUUUGAUAGAGAAAUUUUGGCAUAUAUACAGGUAGUAAAGAAAGCACUUUGUGUCAAUGGAUUUAUCUCACUGAAGAACAAUCUGAAUGAAGACAAUGCAGGAUGACUUAAAUACAGUUCAGUUUUUAUUAGGCAUCAAUUUGUCCUGGUGUGAACUUUUCAAAAUGUAAAUAAUGUAUGCAGUUUCUUUGGCCUCACCUGUGUUAACUCAGAUUCAGAGAAUGUAUAAAGUAUUUUUUUUAAUAACAUAAGAAAACUUUUUCUGAAGUCCUCUAGUUGAGGAUUGCCAAAAUAUUCAUAGUAGAGGAAAGUUGAGAGAACAUAGGAAACCAUUGUUCUUUAUACUUGUAUGUAAACAUUUUCCAGCAACAAACAUUUAUUGUUAAAUCUGAGGAAAGCCAUCACACAGGAAACCUCUGUCUAUAUAAGCAAUGAUGGGAUAGGGUGUUUAGCCAUUCUGCAUAUUUAAUGUUCAUUAUUGACACCCGCUUCUUAUAGCUGGAAUGAUAUGGGGGAAGAUAUUUAUCCCUUCUGGGGAUCAUAUAUGAAUGGUGAUAGUAGUACCUACAGUAUAGUGCUGUUAGAAUUACACAAGUUAGAUUUGGAGGUCAGAGUGGAAGCAGGUGUGAGAGGGUCCCGCAGAAGGUAACAUGGCUGCCAAAGUGUGUGAGUCCAUCAGCAAGUCUGUCCUGGCCUUAGCUGUUGCAGGAGGCGUGGUCAACUCUGCCUUAUAUCACGUGGAUGCUGGGCACAGAGCUGUCAUCUUCAACCGAUUCCCUGGAGUUCAGUCAUUGUGGUAGGGGAAGGGACUCACUUUCUCAUCCCAUGGGUACAGAAACCAAUUAUCUUUGCCGUUCCCAGCCACGUAAUGUGCCAGUCAUCACUGGUAGCAACGAUUUACAGAAUGUCAACAUCACACUGAGCAUCCUCCUCCGGCCUGUCCUUGCAUCUUCGCCAGCAUUGGAGAGGACUAUGAUGAGCUGGUGCUGCUGUCCAUUACCACUGAGAUCUUCAAGUCAGUGGUAGCUCGCUUUGAUGCUGGAGAGCUAAUCACACAGAGAACUGGUCUCCAGGCACAUGAUCAACGCCUUAUGGAGGGAGCAGCCACCUUUGGGCUCAUUCUGGUGGACGUGUCCUUGACACAUCUGACCUUUGGGAAGGAGUUCACAGAAGCAGUGGAAGCCAAACAGAUGGCUCAGCAGGAAGCAGAGAGGGCCAGAUUUGUGGUGGAAAAGGCUAAGUGGCAGAAAAAGGUGGCCAUUAUCUUGGCUGAGGGUGACUCCAAGGUAGCCAAGCUGAUCACCAACUGACUGGCUUGAGGGGGAUGGUCUGAGUGAGCUUCGCAAGCUGAAAGCUACGGACGGCACAGCAUACCAGCUCUCAACGAUCAGAACAUCACCUACCUGCUGGCAGGGCAGUCCAUGCUCCUCCCGCUGCCCUGGUGAGGGAUCACCCUAAGGCAACUGGGCUACAGCCCUGACAAUUCGUAACACCACCUUCCUUCUGCUCCCACCUCAGAAAUCACUGUGAAAUUUCAUGAUUGGCUUAAAGUGAAGGAAAUAAAGGUAAAAUCACUUCA